CUGCUUUUUUUUUUUUUUUAGCUAUUUUUGUUUUAAAGUAGAGCCACUGUUGUUAAUUUUCAGUAUUGAGGAAUAUUACCGCGAAUUUGAACUGUUUACUAUGUGUUUUUAACAAAGAAGAUUUCUUUCACCUCAACUUCAAUGCUGUAGCGCAGUCAGAGACAGAGACAACCUGGAUGUUUGGCAUGUUUUCACUUACUUAAAACCAAAAGGAAAGCAAUGCGAGCACUGAAGUUGCUGGGGACUCCUCCAAUAAAACCGAGCACACUUCAGCUGUCAGCAAGAACUGCAAUGGCUUGCGUUGCGAAGAAGUGCGGCAUUCGCUUUAAGCCUCCGUCCGUUAUCCUGAUCUAUGAAGAAAAGGACAAGGAAAAGACUCGCCAGCGCAUCAUGCCUGUCAGGAAUUUCUCCAAGUUCUCAGACUGCAGCAUAGCUGCAGAGCAGCUGAAGAAUAACCCUCGGCACAAGGCUUAUCUAGAAGGAGUCUCGCUACGUCAGCUGGAGAAGUUACACAGCUUGCUGAAAGGUCAUCUGAGAGGAGAGAGUCUGGCUGAGAGCCUGGAAAAGGUUCAGCGGGAAGAGACCAUCGACCCAGAAGAGGAUAUGAACAAACUGGAUGACAAGGAGCUAGCCAAAAGGAAGAGCAUCAUGGAUGAGCUCUUUGAGAAGAAUAGGAAGAAGAAGGAUGACCCAGAUUUUGUCUAUGAUGUGGAGGUUGAGUUUCCACAGGAUGAGCAGCUGGAGUCCUGUGGCUGGGAUGUGGAGUCAGGGGAAGAAGUCUGAUUCUAGACAAAGAUGACCUGGGUGGGCAGAGACAAAUCCCAUAUGCCUAGCAGAGAGAACGGUGUCAUCCUAAUUACUCUGCUGCAUCCUCUUCAGUUCAUCUAGUUGAUGAACUGAAUUACAUUGGCCAUGGAGGAUCGGAGGCCUAAGGUAUUGCACUGGUUUCAGGUUUAAAUAAACUUUAAGAAAUGGAAAUGGGACAGCUGAACUUGGGUGUUUUUGGGUGUUUUUAAUCUUUUCCUAUGUAAGAGUGCCUACAAUAAUUUAAAAUUAUUUCUCUCUCAUGUGUUUACAUUUCAGUCAGCUUUGCCUGAGAACCUCACCAACUUGCCUUGCUAUGAUUUCUGUUCAGCUUCAUUUGAAAAUAAAGCGUUAAAUAUUUAUAUCUUGGAA